UCUCUAAAUGAGAGAGAACCUGAAACUUCCAGAUUGGCAGUGAGCUGAGCUUCUUCUUCCCCUGUUAAUUUUGUCACCAGAGUCGUCCCUUCUACACGCAUCUCCUGUUAACCAAACCUUCUCUCAUUCACUGUCUUUCUAUAUCCAAAUUUGUUCAUCAGAUAUGGGUAUGGUAGUUGUGAUCUCUCUGCCUCUGAUUCUGUUUUCGUUACUGCUUGGUUUCGGGUGUUAUUUCCUGGGAAAAGCCAAGGGGAGACAAGACAUUCGCACCCAUGCCCAGGUUUUUGGGGUCCCAACCCCACCACCAGGCACUGCUUCACCUCCUCCAACCUAUUUCAAGACAGACAACUCUACCAAUGUCUAAAUCUCCUCAAAUAUGAACUUGUGCCACCCAACCAAUUCAUGAUGAUGAUGCCCUUCCACCUUAAGGCUUUUUGUUGUUUGUUUUUCUUACAUAUAUUGUGCAGAAAUAUAUAUUUAUAUACAUAUAUGUGCAUUUGUUUUUGUUUGUUGAGAUAAAUUGUAUGGUUGGUUCAUGGCUGCUAUUGGUAAUAUCAAGGUACAAAGCCCAAUUGGGGCUCAUAUGGGUUGGUGGUGUAAAUUGAUUGUAUGAUGCAAUAGUAGUAAUAAAGAUUGAUGUCAUUUCCAUUAA